AUGUAUGGGAUUUAUACACCGACUCUGAAACCUUCACUCCUUCUUUAUAUAUAGAUAUGGCUCUCUUGUAGUUAUCUCUCUUUCUUGGGCUUCUUUUUUUUUGGGUUCUCUCUUUCAAUCAAAUCAUCUUCUUCUUCUUCGUAUUGUUCUCUUAAUUAUUCAGCGAAAUUCAAAGCCUUCAAUAAUGGUGGAUCUUCAAACUGUUUGCUGCAUGUGCGGCGACGUUGGUUUCCCUGACAAGCUCUUCCGCUGCAACAAAUGCCGCCACCGUUUUCAACAUUCGUAUUGCAGUAACUAUUACAGUGAGUUGGCAGAGCCAAUUGAACUGUGUGAUUGGUGCCAAAGCGAGGAAAGAAGCUCAAGGCACGGAAGCUCUUCAAAGAAAUCAUCAACCGGAAACGAAACUGGAAUUACAAACCGAUCCGAGUAUUCGGGUACUGACAAAAUCAAGCAACAAGAUCGAGACGAGAGCGCUGAGAAAGGAAAGAGCAGCGGGACUCCUUCUCCAAGGCCUACGACACGCAGGUACAAGCUUCUCAAGGAUGUGAUGUGCUAAAAAAACAAAAAGACUUGAAAAAAAGAAAACCCACAAAGAAAAAAAGAAGAGAGUUUGUGUCGAGUCUGUGUUGAUAGUAGCAAAUGUUCAUAAGUUGUUUAUCCCAGUGUUUUCUUUCGAGGGUCAUGGAUGAAUUUUGUUGGAAGUAUGGCUUUCACUUUUCUUUCAGUAAGUUGUUAAUAAUAAAAUAAUGUAACUUUAAUCAAAUUGGUUCGGUGGCACAAGUUUUUAA